AUGUCAGAAAGCAGCGACUCGUCCGACAGCCCGUACAUUCCAAUAGCAGAAAGAAAAAAACGAAAAUGGGAAGAAUCCUUAAAAAUUGUUGGUUCAAUUCGCAAUAAUAACAAAUCUCCCGAGCCAAAGAAAAUUGUUGAAGAAACCUCUCAGGAAUCCAAAAAAGAAGAAAAGUCCCUUUUUCAAGUUCAUAUGGAAAAAAGCAGCGGAGAACCAAAAGUCGACGAUAUUCAGACCAUUCUCCGCAACGAAGACGAACUUUUAGCUUCCAUUGCCGAAAGUCGUCCUCUCGUGGGAGUUGGUGAGCUGGCAAAAGGCAUUCACUACUCCAAGCCACUCAAAACCUCCUGGCGGGCCCCUUCAUUUGUCUCCAAAAUGAGACCCAACCGUCACCGAUUGGAGAUUAACCUUCCAUUUGGGGCGAGAGAAGGACCAUAUGGACUGAUUCUCUGUCCUUCCAGGGAAUUGGCCAGACAAAUCUGCGACAUUUGUCAGUCAUAUGAACAUAGUUUGCGCAAGAAAUUUCCAGCUUUGAGAAUAUGUUUGUGGAGAUAUCUCGUGCUGGAUGAGGCUGAUAGGAUGGUGGAUAUGGGAUUUGAUGAGGACGUCCGCAAUAUUUUGUCAUAUUUCAAGGCACAGAGACAGACUCUUUUAUUCUCGGCCACAAUGCCACUUAAAGUUAAGAAUUUUGCUCGGACUGCACUGGUUUGUCCAAUCACGGUGAAUGUGGGGAGGGCGGGGGCUACCACUCUCAAUGUGACACAACACAUUGAAAUGGUCGAGUUUGAUGAAAGAUUGGAUGCCCUUAUUCGAGUGUUGCAGGAGACUGCUCCACCUGUCCUUAUAUUUUCUGAGAAAAAACAAGACGUGGAUUUUAUCACCGAAUAUCUACUUUCCCAUGGAAUCACGACUGUUUCUAUUCACGGAAGUAUGGACGCGGAGGACCGACAUUCCGCGAUAGACAAAUUCCGCCGUGGAGGGAAGGACGUUCUUGUAGCGACGGACGUGGCAUCGAAAGGACUCGACUUCUCCAAUGUUCAGCACGUGAUCAAUUUUGACAUGCCAGCAGACAUUGAGAAUUACAUUCACCGAAUAGGCCGAACUGGACGAGUGGCAGGUUGUCAGGGAUUGGCCACCACGUUCGUUACCAAAUCCACGGAUCAUAUUGUCUUGUUGGAUAUAAAAAUGCUGCUUCUCGAGUCUAACCAGAAGAUCCCCGCCUUUCUGCGAGAAAUACACCCGGACAAUUACAAUUUAGACUUGAAGGACGAUCAUGUUGGGUGCAAGUACUGUGUCGCCUUGGGACAUCGUAUUUCCGAGUGUCCCAAAUUGGCUUCUCUUAGAAACAAAGAAGCAUUUGAUAUCACAGAAGCCGGUGUUUCGGGUACUGGUGCGGGUGGCUGGUAGAUUUACAAU